CGGGGGAGCAUGUGAGUUGGUUUUUAGGUGAUUCUUGGAAUCAAAACAGAGACCCCCGCACACUUGUUGAGCAUUUGGGAUUCCUUUGGAGGAGAGGAUGUCUGCACCUCACUUGCAGGAUGAUAAAGUCUUCAAAGACUUGAACGUUGUGGCAAUGCUUCAUCAGUUUUGGGAGCAGAAGCAGGUGAAGGGGGCCUCCGUCCACCCAGAGAAUCUAGUCGUCUACGAAUCCUCCGUCUCCCCCAUGCCUCCUUUCAUCUGCUACGUCACACUGCCAGGCGGGAGCUGCUUCGGUAAUUUCCAGGACUGUUACACCAAGGCAGAGGCGAGGCGGGAUGCUGCCCGAAUUGCCCUGAUGAACUCCAUGUUCAAUGAGCUGCCCUCACGCCGGAUCACCCCAGAGUUUAUCACAAGAAGCCUCCAGGAGGCUGUGGCUACUACCAGUGGGUGUGUUGAGGAUGCCUCAGACCCCAGCACAAGUAUUGGAUCCUACUGUCUCAUGCUCCAAUCAAAUACUGGCAAAACAAUGCUGGAAUUCCAGGAGAUCAUGACGAUGUUUCAGCUUCUGCAUUGGAAUGGGUCACUAAAGGCAUUUCGUGAAAGAAAAUGUAGCCGCCAGAACGUCAUAAACUACUACUCACAGCACCGUCUGGACGAGUGCACUCGGAGCCACAUGGUGCUGGACUGGAUCGUGCGGGAGCAGCAGGCGCCGGGCCUGGUGGCCCAGGAGCUCCAGGGGGCCCUGCAGGAGCUGGAGGAGGCCAGGCGCUCGGGCCGCGAGCUGCGCUUCCACAAGGAGAAGAAAGAGAUCCUGAGCAUUGCCCUGAGUCAGGCCUACAGCGAGCAGCUGGAGUACAGCCCUGAUGGGGACCGGUGGUCUCACGCGGAGCCAGAUCCAGAUUAUAUCAGACAUAACAGACAACCGAGCCAGGAGAGCAGCCUGACAGAUCAAACUGAGAGCUACGAAUUCUACUCCCAAGAAAAUAUAAACGACAGAGAAUCUCUUGGUUGAUCUUCAUAUCAUAUGGAUUGGAAGACAACUCAUCUCUGGCCAGGAUUAACAUGGGCUUGUUUUUCAGAGAUUGUGGGAGCAGUUAGGAGUCUGCUUAGUGAUGUCUCAAUUAUAAUGUGAAAUGAUGGACAGUGGCUCUCUACCAUUUGUAAUUUGUGGUCAGCAGUAUGGAGUAGCCUAUGUGCAAAACUAAUGGUAACCUACUGAUAGGUUUACUAGACCACACAAAGAGAGAGCACUUCCCCCAUGCCCACACUUGUCACUUCACACAGAGUUUGCUACAAAGAUGUUCAUGGAUGACUUAGCCUGCAGGUGCCAAAGUGACACCAAAUAUUUUUGUAAUAAAACAUUAUGCCUCACUGUGAUAAAAAAAAUAAAA